AAUAAUAAAGAAGCCCUCUGCAGUUUGUGCGUCUGAAUUUAUUAUAUUAUAACAUCUCAGAUGUCACUGUGGUGCUGGCCCUAGAACGGCACGGCAUGCGAUGUACUCACAUCGCGGGCACCCACGUGUGUAGCGACAUCGUGAAUGUCGCUGAUUAAUGCCGGCUUUAGUAAGACACGGCGUGCGAUGCAUUGUCAUCGCGGACACCCCGUAGGUGGGUGUAGUACCAGCCCUAAAGGGGGCUCCGUGAGCGCUCAGUGACACCACGCGAGGCGUGCAGUGCUGACCCCUACAGGAGGGAGUGUGGGAGUAUCGGCCAUGGGAUGAGGUUACCCUAGGCCAUGGCACUCUGGUUGACCCCGGAAGGCACGUGACCAGUAAGAUUACACAGGGGCCCAGGUGGGGGCUAGGGGGUGGUCACGUGCCUGGGGGUGAGAUCCUACGGGAAGGGUCGAGAAACCCCAGGAGGUUUCUCGAAGGUGGGCGUGGCCAAGGGCGGGGCCAGCCACGACCCGUGAGCAUAUACACCGGGUCCCCACAGGGACCGGGGCUCUGCGUUGCUGUUGUCAUCUGAAGAUCUACGAUCUAUGUUCUACGUCGUCCAAGAAGAAGUUACCAACACGUGGGCGAGGACCCAAGCUUGGGUCCUGUCUGUUGUAGCUACUCCCAGGAACUAGCGUAGUCAGCCUGGUGGUCCACCACCCUAGGUUAUCUGGUAAAGGGGCAGUAACCCCUUUGUGUUAAUGUGUUGGUGUUAAUAAAUGUGUUGCCUCCAAAGAGUAAGUCUGCGACUCGGUGGACCGUAAAUAAAACAUGCUUGUUAGAAGGGGCAUGAGUCCUCACGAUUGCGCGCGCGUGCACACACACGUGGCCACAAGCACGCGCAUACACACCAAGACCAAGAUUCCCACGUGUAGCCAUAACAGACUGUAGGGGCAAGUGCUGUUAGCGAGUAGCGCCUAUGAAGGCCGGCACGGCACACGAGGGGGUGGGUAGCCAGCCCCCUGCCGGGCCGUCUGACUCCCAGUGGCGAUAUUUGAACACUGCACCAGGUACUCAUUUGAGGCUGAGUCGACCUAGGGGCGGUCCAGGACACAUUCAGAUAGCCAUCACUGGUGUUGGUCGGGAGCGCAAAUAGAACUCGAGUCGCCGGGUUCGUAGCACAGCGCGCUAAAUUAAAACUAAACUUUUAUUUUACCACUGAGCUAUAUAGAUCUUUUUAAAAAAGCGACCUGGCCACACAUUAUAUCUCAACGACGUUCGUCCUAAAUGUUGAGGGGGGAACCGGAGGAAGUGGAGAAAAAUCCACGGAGAGCGAGAAACCGCAAUCUCUAAAUGUACAGAAGGCGCCAGGGUCGGGCUCGAACCAGCGAUCUUCCUGCACACCACGAGAGCUCGCCACCACGCCGGCUCACACCAACUCGCCAACUCGCUCGGCGAGUUUGUGGCCGAGAGGGACUUCAACGGCACCUUGGAGGAGGAGGAGGAGUCGUCGGAGAGCUGUUCCGAGUUUAAAUCUCCAUCGGAAGUUGCCGACUUCAGGAGGUGUAGCACCGCCCGGGGAGGGCUGGGACGACUACAUUGACCGCUUCGAGAGAGAGAAUCCCACCGCUCCCAGCCACCACAGCGACCGCGUCCCACCGCUCCCAGCCACCACGGCGAGAAGGAGCUCCGUGGAGGACGAGGGGGUGAUUUCAAGAGAGAGAUGGGGGAGUAUCUCUUCGCCAUCACCGCCCUCACCACGCUCGCCUCAUUCGUGGUGCCGGAGGUUGGAGCCCCUCCCAUGAGUCACCCGCAUCUCGAGGCGCGGGGAGGACGCUUCCUGUGUGAUGCCGGCCUGUACUUGCGGGCAAAUGAGCUCGGGGCUGCGGGGCGCUGCGAGCCUUGCCCCGCGGGCACCUUCACCGCCUUCGCCAACAGCCACCACACGUGCCUGCCCUGCCGGCGCUGCGACAGCGUCCGUGGGUUCCGCGAGGCACAGCGCUGCAGGGCGGACGCGGACACGCGAUGCGAGUGCCGCGAGGGGAGGUUCUGCCCCAGCAGCCCCUGCCAGCAGGAGCUGUGCGAGCCGCACUUCGCGUGCCCCGCCGGCACAGGGGUCACCCAGCUCGGUUCCGCCGUCAUGGACACGCGGUGCUCCGCGUGCCCUCCCGACUUCUUCUCCAACGAGACGUCGGCAACCCAGACGUGCCGACCCCACACGCGGUGCGACCGAGACGGCCGUCUGACCAUCGCCAACGGCACGGCCACGCGCGACAGCGAGUGCGGGGACCGCAGCCUGGACCCCGCGAGAGAGGACGAGCGGCCUGGAGCAGUCGAGGUCGGCCACAUGCACUGGAUCGUGCCCCUCUCUGUGGCCAUCUUCUUCACGGUCAUCUUCGCCUGCUGCUUUGAUUGCUACAAGCGCAAAGAACCCAACAACCGCUUCCAAGCAAACGUCAUCCAAGUUGGGAACGGCAACACGGUGGUGCACGGCUAGAUGCAGCCCUUGGCGUACCGCUGAGCCGCCUCGCAACACACACACACGGCGGACGGUCGCGCACAGGGCUGAGCGAGGAUUCCCUUUGGUUGUAAAUUAUAAGAAGAAUAAAAAGUGUUUUUUUUAUUAUUGAGAAAUGUGCGGGACCGAUACAUCACGCCGUGACGCACGUGCGCACCGUCAACACAAGCCAAAGCGGUUAUGAAAAGCGGGGGGGGGGGGGGGGGAUAGAUGGGUAACAGGCUUGCUGCCCCAAACUCAAACCUGUCAACCCACACGGUCUACCCUGUAUUCUUGUACAGGCAAAUUGAGUUUUCAGAUCCAUCAUACUGCGUACAGCCGUUUCAAUACGGGCAAAAAAAAGGUAUAUUUGUUUGUGUUUCUCCCUUGUGAUGGGACUUUGGAGGAUGAUCGUGUAGAUUUAUAACGGCAGGGGGUAACCAAUAUGGUCUGAGUUAGUCUGUAAUAAGGUCGGCACUGAUAAGGGGUUGACAGGUAUUUAAGGACGGAUGUAUAUAUGUGUGUAUAUGAAAAUGUAUAUCUAUAUUUUUUUAUUGAAGAAUCUUUAUUUUAGGCGAAUGGGUUGUCCGUGAAGGUUGCCCAGGAACCAGCAGACACAGGAUGCAAGGCAGCAACCCCCAGGUAGUUGCCCAAGCUCUGCAUUCCUACGUAUCAUAAUGAAUUAACAAGCUUGUUUAUGGGUGUUGGAGAAAACCCAGUCUUCCCAUCUUUCUCGGUACUCCUCCAAUUGGUACCAAGACGGUGGUGAUCGCAUCGCGCGCUUUCAGAUGCGUUUCUGCGGCCGUCUGGAACGCCGCUCUGCCUUCUGAUAUUAGGCAACACUUUUAAAUCGAGAUUGAAAACUCAAUUCUUUCGAGCUGAUUGUGUUUAUUUCUAAUAUUGCAGUAAUCUAGGCCACCACAGUGGCGAGAUGUUAGCCACCUCGCCUGGUAUACAGCAGAGGUCGCAAUCGGGUACCCGAUACCCGUACCCUACCCGAUACCCGGCUACCCGUACCCGGCUAAGUACGGGUACCCAUUUGAGACCCUGGUGCGGCCGGGUACGGGUACGGGUAAGGAAUCAAAAUCCGUUUGCGACCUCAGGUAUACAGGUCAUGGGGUUCGAUCCCGACCCUGACGCCUGUAUAUUUGGAGUUUGCCUGUUCUCCCCUUCGAUGAGCGAUCAUUUGUGGCCAGGUCGCUUCUGUAAAAGAGCUACAUACAGUGAGGGAUAAAAGUAUUUGAUCCCCUGCUGAUUUUGUACGUUUGCCCACUGACAAAGAAAUGAUCAGUUUAUAAUUUUAAUGGUAGGUUUAUUUGAAGUGAGAGACAGAAUAACAACAACAAAAUCAAAAAUGUUAUAAAUUGAUUUGCAUUUUAAUGAGGGAAAAAAGUAUUUGACCCCCUCUCAAUCAGAAAGAUUUCUGGCUACCAGGUGUCUUUUAUACAGGUAAUAAGCUGAGAUUAGGAGCACACUCUUAAAGGGAGUGCUCCUAAUCUCAGCUUGUUACCUGUAUAAAAGACACCUGUUCACAGAAGCAAUCAAUCAAUCAGAUUCAACCACCAUGGCCAAGACCAAAGAUGUCAGGGACAAGAUUGUAGACCUACACAAGGCUGGAAUGGGCUACAAGACCAUCGCCAAGCAGCUUGGUGAGAAGGUGACAACAGUUGGUGCGAUUAUUCACAAAUGGAAGAAAUACAAAAGAACUGUCAAUCUCCCUCGGCCUGGGGCUCCAUGCAAGAUCUCACCUCAUGGAGUUGCAAUGAUCAUGAGAACGGUGAGGAAUUAGCCCAGAACUACACGGGAGGAUAUUGUCAAUGAUCUCAAGGCAGCUGGGACCAUGUUAUUCUGUCUCUCACUGUUCAAAUAAACCUACUAUUAAAAUGAUAGGCUGAUAAUUUCUUUUUCAGUGGGCAAACGUACAAAAUCAGCAGGGGAUCAAAUACGUUUUUCCCCUCACUGUAGCUCAGUGGGACCUUAGCUUGUCAAAUGAAACAGUUGUUUAGUGUUAGUUUAGACACGUGUGGAAGGCACCUCCGGAUGACUCACGAACAGCAGCAACAUCCUCGCGUGUUAGUCCGUUCAUAUUUGGGGUAGCCCAAAAGUCAGGACACAGAGGGUUGUGCAGGAGAUCAUCGAUUAUCCAGCCAGAUUUUCAAAAACGCCAGAUAAUAGCUAGUAAUCAUUAUUUAAAGUAGAUUAUGUUACCACCACAAUCUCGGAAGACUCCACACGGGGUUAUGUACGUGCUCCGCUCUUGUCAAAGCACGUUGUUGAAACAAUUGCCGGACUGAUUCUGCCUUUAAGACCCGUGAAUUUCACGCACUUUUCACCAGAUACCACUGUAUCUAUAUAUUUUUUCACUGUAAUUAUUAAUAAUGUAAGAUGUACAUACGCGCGGUAUUUUCAUUGUUUAAGUUGUAUGCAGUGUCAAAUGUGCCGUAUUUAUUUAACACUGAAAUCAAGCAGAGCGACGUUUUACUGUCACGCGACACGGUGCUGCCGAUCGCCGGACUGGGUUACAGCCUUUGGAGCGGUUUUGCCGGAUCGACCCGGGGACCGCCAGAUGUUGGAAGCAGCCGGAUACUCAACUGAAUUCAUUUCAACAAAUCACACAGGAUUAUCGCACUUGUUUUUUUUUUACAAACGUGGGCGUAUUGGCGGUACACCGGUGCCUUGUGAAAGAGCGUGACGAUGUCGCUGCCUCUUCUUGGUUCUUUCGGUAAAGUCACGUAGAAGGGAAAUAAUAAAAAAAUAAAACAUAAUAAAAUAAUUCUCACGUUUCGGCCACAACGCAAGCAGCCGUCCUCAGGUGAAGAACAGGGCUGUCUGAAAGACAGCAUCUGGAUGGGCACCACCCGGCUUGGCAGCGUAUAUUUAAGCUGGGUUGGAGGGGGGAAGGGGCGCCUUGACAAAUGAAUUAGCAUAUCAAGAGAAAUGUAGCAUAUUUAUGGGAAAUGCAGAUAUGGGAUUAGUCACUACUUGUGGAAUGCGUAGGUGGGGGGGGGGGUUUUCAAAGUCAUUAUGCCCGUGCAUUAUGCAAUAUGCAGGAUUAGCAGCAUCAAAGGGAGGGAGUAGGGUUAGCAGUAAUAGAGGGAAGGAACUUUAAUAGUAAGGAGCUGCCCCCCCCCCCCCCCCUCGAGCGAGCUGCAGGACUCUCCAUGGGAAGUUGCCACUUGGAUUGAACAGCCGCUUUCCCCUUCACUCGAGCACGCGGCGGUGGUGGCAACACCACCACGAGACGUAAUCUUGAGCAGCCAAACGUCCGCCAAGGGAUCAUUCCGGGAAUGGAUCGAGAGACCGUCCCGACCGAGUCUUGGGCACGAGUCAAAUCCUGCUUUUGGAACACCGAGCAGCCAAUCGUCGUCAGGCUGGGUGCUGCUGCUGCUGCUAAACGGCAACAGACUGUGAAGCUUCGUGUUCAGCCGCUCACGCAUCAAACGUUCCGUCUUCCGACUGCUUCGACAUGACUAGAACAAAUGUUGAAGCACCACCACCACCAACCCCAGAAAAGUUUUCUUACCGGGUUUUUGAAUCGCGUGAAAAUAAAUUACGAUAAAAAAAACAUUAGAUUAUUUUAUUUUUGGACCUCGCACUGCCGGUGUAGCGUCAAUACGUUCAAAUUUCCAAAGAUUUCCAUGGUUGAUGUGAAUGCACGAUGCGUCAAUUCUCUUUUGAAAUCAAUGUCAGGACUUUUCUUUUCAACCAUCACGCGGCGUAAUCUUUGAAUGUUCGUCAGUUGUUGUUUCCCCCCCUCCCCCCUCCAAAUUAUGUUUUAAGAUGUCUCGAUCGCGUUUUGAAAAGACGAAACAAUCCAUAGGAAUGAUAAUCAAAAUAUUCAACGGAAAGAAUUAACAAUUUGAAAUAUUUUAACGGCCAGUGUUCAAAUGAAUGGGAAUAAACCCCCUCGGUGUCUCGA